AUGUCUGUUAAUCGAUAUUCACGGACAACAACUGACGUUCUCAGUUUACGUUUUAAUCAAGAUUCAACUUGUUUCAUUUGUGCUACUUGUGAUGGUAUUCGAAUAUUUAAUGUUGAACCAUUUGCUCAAAAAUGCUUUCUCGAUGUUGGUCGUGCAACCUAUGCAGAAAUGCUCUAUCGUACAAAUUUAAUAGCAUACGUCCCAGCUGAUCAUGUCACGGGUUUAUCAUCGAAUGUUGUGAAUGUCUAUGAUGAUGAACGAAAAGCUCAUGUACUUGAACUUUGCUUUAGUUUUCCGGUUGUUUCUAUAAGAAUGUCAAGAACAAGACUUCUUGUUGUACUUGUACGUAAAAUUCAUAUAUUUUCUUUUCCUAAUCAAUGUCGACUUUUACAUACGAUCGAUACACGAGAUAAUCCAAGAGGACUUUGUGAAUUAUCAAAUACUGAUGGAUCAUUACUUGUUUUUCCUUUUAAUGCUAAAACUAAAGGUGGUUUUGUUCAAUUUUUAGUAAGUAAAAUUUUCACUAUUGAUUACAUCAAAAUCAGAUUUAAAAAAAUGAAUAAGCAUUUGUUUCGAAAUAUUCGAUGUAAACAAAUUGUAGUCAAUACUUGA